CAGGUAGACAUUCAGUCCUACAACGAAAUAUCAAACAUGCAUCAAAUAUAUAUAUAUAUGUGUGUGUGUGAAAUAAGAAUAUACAAGUGAACAGACCAAUCACUGCAUCAGUGUCUGUAUAAAACCACAAACUAAAUUUGGAGUAAGUUCUGGUCGUGCUCAGCAGUAAAUCAACUGAAAUGAAACCGUGUUUGGAACAUGGUUUAUCCUGCAAUAUGUAUUUCUCUAUAGAGAUUGGCUCUUAUAUGGUAAAGCUUGUCUGUGGCAGAGAGCCAGAAAUCUUGUUACCGUAGAUUUGUUUCUUGCAUCAGCUGUUUUUGUGAAGCGCUUCUUGCAACCUGCAGUUGCAUCACAAAAUUUGUUCGUCCCCUUGCAUCGAACUGCAGAGACUUUAAUCGCAAACUUUUCCGCCAGACCCUGCCCUCCAUCCAAUCACAGACGAGAUCAUCUUGUUGACCCGAAAGAACUGCAACUAUUGGUUGCAUCCAUAAGCUCCCGCCUCUGUCUCCCGCGGGAAGAGCUUUUCUGGGAGCGCCCCGAGAGAGACGCUAAACUGACGACGCGUCCGAGUUGGGUUCUGGUCAGAGAAGCGUCUCCAGUCGUACAGAACUAUAGCAGACGCCUCCGUAUUGAACAAGACAUAUUUAACUCAAGAGACAAGCUCUAAAAAGCAUUGUUUGUUGUGUGUCUGAAGUUCAGGAGAUAUUCCAGUCGCUUGUCAGAGACAGAUCGUUAUAACAGACGUCCGCAGCUCAUUUCAUCAUCAUGGACAACACCUCGGCUCUGAGCCUGAACUCCAGCGUCUCCGGGUGGCAUCGUCUACCCUGGUACCAGUUCGAGGAGUGUGCGCAGGCUCCCCACUGGUUCCUGUUGUACUUUGGAGUCAAAGUAUUGAACCUGGUUGCAGGCGUCCCCUUGAACGCGCUCGUGUUGUGGCAGAUUCUGAGGAAGAAGAGUGAAGGCUCGACGUCAGACGUCUUUAUUUUUAACCUCUCCAUCCUCGACGCCUAUUUUGGACUCAUGACAACAGUUGACCUCUCCAACCGUCUGUACUUCAACGAUGCAUCCGUCUGGUACUCGGUGCGUUUCGCUUACGGACUCAAAGACGUGACUCCGUUGUUUCUCACCUGUAUUUGUCUGGACAGGUACAUCGCUGUGGUCCAUCCCAUCCUCUUCACAGGGAUCCGUGACACUCGCUUCCGGAUCGGCGUCUCGCUGCUGGUGUGGGGACUCGUCCUGGCCUACUCUCUGACCAAAAGCUUCUUAGGCGUCAUGAGCGUGAACGAGGUCUUCAGCGGAGUCAUCCUCUCGGCCUUCUUCAUCAUGAUGUUCUGCAACCUCUCCAUCAUCUGGGUCCUCAGGAAGAGCGUCGCAGGGAAAGAAGUCAUGAACCCGGUGAAGAAGAAGGCCUUUAAAAUGGUGAUCAUCGUCCUCGCCAUCAUCGUUGGGAACUAUCUGCCUCCCGUGGCUCUGAUGCCGUUUGCCUCCACUUACUCUUUCGUAACGUUUCGCUGUAAGAUCAGCCUCAGCGUCUUCUCCAUCAUGGACCUGAGCUGCACCAUCGAGCCCCUGCUCUACAUCUCAAAGAUGGAGCGCUCCGCUUUCUGUCGAUGCCUGCAGAGUCCUUCCAAGAAACCCAUCACCGUGAGGGUCUGAAGUGUGUGUGAUUUGAGACUCUUGGACUGUCUGAGUCUCGUGUGAUCCAGGGAUCUCCAGCCCUGCUCCUGAAGAGCUUCUGUCCUGUCUGUAAACGUGAUGGGUCGGGAUGGAGCUGAAAUCUGCAGGACGGUGGGUCUCCAGGAGCAGGGCACUGACAGCAUGAAAACCACCGUCAAAUAAUACAAUAAAAUAACCAUAUAUAAUCAUUAUGAAAGCAGAACAAGGGAGAAAACACUUCUCAUGUUCUUGUUCUUGUCAAAGAGUGUCUCUCCAUCAAACUCCACAUUAUUUUGGCACAAGUUUAUCUUCAUCUUUAGACACCAUGAAUGAAACUUCAAAGAAACCACAGACCAGACAACAUUAAACACACACAUAAACCAGAAGAAAAUGGGUUGAGCUGAACAUGAAACCCCUUGACAAACAAAACAUUUUAUAUUAAUCCAUGUUCAUAUCUGUAUGUCACUGAUCAGGGUCUACUGACACUUAAUAUAUUUCAAUGUUCGCUUUUGUGACUCUUGUAAAUCCCUGCAUGCGCUGAUGUAAAAUCUCAUCUCUGAUUUGAUCAAAACCAUUAGAGAAGCACUGAUUUAACGAAGCGCUGGUGGUCAGUGUGUUGACUGUGUGAAACUGUGCUGGAUGUUGUGUUUUCUGUGUGUGGUGUUUCUCCAGACGUCUCCUGUUUAACUCUUCGUGACUCUCUUCUGAUUGAUCUUCAGACUCUGGGAAGAUCUGAACUUUACCUUCUCCUCCUCACUGCUGUGUUUGUGUCAGAUAACCUGAUUCCUUUACUUCUCACAGAUUAGACACCAGCUUUACAGAUGCAUAAUUAAGAAUAUUAACGAGUCACUAAUUAAGACGUUAAUAUAAAUGCCUGGGGAUUAAUUAAGAACAGACUGAGGUGACGCAGAUGGUACGAGCUUGUAAUUGUGUAACUAGAUGAUGCUACGAGAUUAAUUAAGAUGAAAAACAUUUACAGUAGAUGCUCUCGAGCGCUUGUGUUGUCUCUGACCUCGGACUACU